AUGACUACAACUGAUGAUCAUAAUGAAACUCUACAAUUAUUGACAGAAAAACAACCUGUCGACGAGGAAGAAGCACAACAAGUAAUUGAAGAAAGAAAACUUCAGAAUGAAAUCGAAAAAAUAAAUCGUGAAGCUGAAGAAAUAGAACUGAUCGAAGAAACAAAACAUCAAGAUGAAAUAGAAAAAAUGAAACGUGAAGCUGAAGAAAUAGAAUUGAUCGAAGAAACAAAACAUCGAGAUGAAAUCGAAAAAAUGAAACGUGAAGGUGAGGAAAUGAAACAAAUCCAAGAAGCAAUAUUUCGAUAUACAAUCAAAAAAAUGAAACGUGAAGCCGAAGAAACAACACGAAUCUUAAAAACAAAAAGUCGACAUACAAUUGAAAAAAUGGAACGUGAAACUACAGUUAUAAUACGAAUCGAAGAAACAAAACGUCAGCAUAUACAUGAAAUUUAUGAAGCAAAACGUCAGCAUAUACGUGAAACUUAUGAAGCAAAACGUCAGCAUAUACGUGAAACUCAUGAAGCAGAACGACGCAAGCUGGAACUCGAAUUCUCUUCAUUAUCAACUAAGAAAGGUCUUUAUGUGUUUACAUCUGAUUCUGAUUUUUACGAUAUCGAUGUACCCGAUUAUUUGCAAUCGUUCGAUAUUAAUGUAGUAUUAAAGGACAAUAAUUAUUUUAAUGAUAAUAUAUUAAAUCAUGUUGAACAUUAUUCAAAUCAAUUUUCAUCAUAUCCUGAAUUAAACGAAAAACAAAUUCAAGAUGCAUUUGAUGAUUUAAUUGUUAAUUUAUUAAAUACAUUGAAUAAUUCUACACCAUUGAAAUAUAUACACACAUCUUCUUCAUAUUAUUUAAAAAAUAAGUUUCAUCCUGAUUGCACAUUUAUAUAUAAAAAUAUAAAUAUCGACAUUGAUAAAGAAGUGGAAUGCUUACAAGAUUUUGUUGUUUGUCUUGGUAAUUUAAAAUCUCCAAAUGUUUCUUUAUCAGAACACUCCAUCAUUGAAGAAAUAUUACAAUAUUUGACAAUUAUAUUGGCACUACAGUGUCGUGAAAAGAUAUAUGGCUUUAUUAGUAAUUAUACAAACAUAAAAUUUUUUUAUGUGAACAAGAAAUCCGAUUCAAAUUCGUAUGAUCUUUUUCAAAGCCAAGAAUUAGAAAUGUUUAGUUAUUUGUAUGAAACAUUACCGUUUAUUGAUGAUACAUCAGCAACAACAACACCAACUGAAAGUACAAUAAAAUUAUGUGUUAAUAAAAAUACAUGGAAAAUAUUUACAAAUUUUUUAACAAUGAACACUGACUUUUAUCAAUAUACAAGUUUCGAUAUAGAUCCUCGUGAUGAUUUACUUGAUCGUCGGUAUAUGAUAACAAAAAAAUUAGGGGUUGGUUUAACAUCAAUGGUUUAUUUAUUUAAAAAAAAUGAAGAUAAUCAUUCGGUUGAAGAUUCACCACACUAUGUAAUGAAAAUAUUAAAAAAUAAUAGAUAUUCAGAAUAUUUUUUAAACGAAAUUAAAAUAACAGAAAAAUUAAAACAAUUCGAUGAUUCAAACAAAUUUCAUUUAUUUUUUCAAGAUAUUCUAUAUCCAUUAUCGUCAGGUAAAUAUUUAGUCUAUGAAAAAGAAUUACAAUGUAUAGAAUCGUUAUCAUUAAUGCAAUCGAAACAACUUAUUGAUAUAGUUCAUUAUUUAUAUGAUUGUCAUAUUAUUCAUCGUGAUGUACGUCCACAAAAUUUAAUGUUAAACCAUGAUAGUAAUCAUAUAAAAUUAAUUGAUUUCGGUUUUGCCAUGGCAUAUGAUGAAGAUGAUGACAGGGGCACCGUAGAUAUAAUAGGUCCAGUUAUGUAUGCUGAUAACGAAUUUUUAGAUUUUCAUUUACAAUUAUUAGCUGGCAAGAAUUUCCCAUAUUAUUUUUAUGAACGAACUUUUGAUUUAAAAUGUGCAUUAAAUAUUAUAAUGUCUAUGAGUAACGCUAAUAUCAAACGAAAUAUUCACUCAAUUGAAAGAUUACCAGAUGAUCAGAAAAGACAAUUCAAAUCAUUACAAUUUUGGCAAGAUAUUAAACGGACGAAUAAACAUUAUUCAAAAUUAUUAAAUUUAAUAAAAACGUUAGAUCAAUCGGACGAAUCAAAUGAAUCAGAUGAAUCAAAUGAGUCAGAUGAAUCAAAUGUAUCAAAUGAAUCAGAUGAAUCAAAUGAGUCAGAUGAAUCAAAUGUAUCAAAUGAAUCAGAUGAAUCAUCCAUUUUUGCUGUUUUAAAAGAUAAAUCAUCAAUUUUUGAUAUUUUAAAAGAUCAAAUAGAAAAACUUUUCGACGACUGA